AGUAUAAUUGUGAGGACACUUUUUGCAUGCACAUACUCUUCUUCCUUUCAUCUUUUAUCUUUAGUGCUUCAUGUGGAUUCCUAUCUUCUUUAAAUCCUUAUAUUUCCUCCUCAUACUCCUUCCUCUCCUCCAACUCUGCCCUUAUUACCUCAUCUGGCCUCAGAACCUCGCUCUAAUUAUGAAUUAAUGGGACGUCAUAGGAAUUCACCUCCAUGGUAUAGUCGUUAGCGCACCAUGCAUCGAAUCCAUGAUCUUGGGUUUGAAUCUUGGCCCGGGCAGUCAGCAUCCAGCACACCAAGUUGUUCAUCCUCCAUUUUGGACCGGUUGAUAAAUGGGCACCUGAAGUAACCUGGGGAAGUUACACCAAAGCUCAGACGUUCGCAGACUGUGUAGGCCACGAGUUGCCAUACGGGUGGGAGGAGUGCGUGGACGGACAGAUUGGGAUUUACUAUGUCGAUCAUAUUAACAAACAAAACCAAAUUGAGGACCCCAGACUAGCAUGGCGGCAAGUACAGGAGGCCAUGCUGUCGGAGUACCUCUGCUCAGCGCAGAGCGAUCUGAGUGCCAAGCAGGACAUCAUGCAGGUGAAGGCCCAGCGACUUGCCUUGGCCCAGGACGAGUACCACCACCUCAACACCACCCUCACUAACCUCUUCAGCUCAAGGUCUUCAUUAAGUUCUGGUGGGAGUGGCACGAGUCGCUGGGACCCGGACUUGCUCAAAACUGACGUGGUGAUGGCCAGGAACAGAGUGGGUCGCCUCAAGCGUGAACUGCAUCAGAUCAAGCACGAGGUGGCCAACACAGAGGCUGGCAUGCAGACCCUGGCACAAGUUCAAGAAAAACUGAGUGGGUUAACCACCGGCUAUAGUGUGGAAGAGGCUCAAGCCAUCGUUGCACAGUUGAAGAACAUUGAGGAGUCUUUAAGAGCGGGGGAAAAAGAGAAAGCCGAGCUGAUCAAGUCACUGACGGUGCUGCGUCAUGAUAUCAUCUCGGCGGAGGCAACGCAAGCCAUCGAGGCAAACAUUGAGAAGUCAACAGAAAAGCACAGCACUGCAUCACAAACAGAUUUUUGCGGCGAGGGCAUGCCACUAGGUGCUAGGUUGGCUGAGCUGACAAGGCUAAAAUUGGAAUACGACUCAGCCAAGAGUACGUUGAAGGGCCUCCAGCAUGAUCUGGCUGAGCUAGAGGAGCGGCUCUCCCCGGAGGACCUACAGAGUGACCGAGACCGUGUGGUGCUCAUCCAGGAGAAGGAGCAGCUGCUGAGGGAGUUCCGCAGCGUUCGCUCUUAUGCCCAGGAUCCUCUGCAGGUGUGUGAGCUAGAGGAUAAGAUCAGUCAGCUGGAGUGUGACCUUGCCAAGGCCCUGGAGGUGAGCAACAAGACUGUGGCGGAGCGCCUCGCACUACAGGAGCAGCGGCAGGAUCUCCUCUGCCAGCUGAGGGACACAGUGAGGGUCAUGGUGGGCCUUGAGGGACAACUACGGUCCCUCUCUGCCUCCACCCUUUCUGUGUCGUCGUCCUCGUCCUUGGGCUCCCUGUCCACCUCCAGCAAGGGCUCCCUCUCCAGCCUGUCCUUCACAGACAUCUACGGGGGCCAGCAGUAUUCUUCCAGCGAGCAUGUUGCCCUCAACAUGACCGAGCUGCAGAAGCGGGUUGAGAGGCUCCUCAAAUCCAACUCUGAGGCAGACCGACAGUAUGCGGAGAAGCUGAGGUCACUGGAGGAGGGAGGCAGCAACAGCAGCUGCGCCAUGCUGUCACAGUCAAUGCUGUCUUUGUCCCCUCGCAGCUCCCUGUCCUCCCUCUCCCCGCCAACCUCUGCUUGUGAGGCACUUUCGGCUCUUGAAACGCAGAGGCUUAACUCAGUGGAGGGCAGUGGUGGCCCUCUUGCCAAUGUAGACCUUAGCACCGUGCAGGACCGGCUGGUGGAGCUGUGUCUGGCUCCCACCGCUGCCGAGGCCACCGCCAAGGCCACUAGUAAACAUUUGGACGCCACACUAGUCGUAAACAAACAAGUGAAGGAAUUACCAGAGUAUGACUUCAGCUUGACGAACGGCGGAGUGAGUGGAGUGUUGUUGGGGCUGUCCAGGGGGGAGGGGGGAGUGCUCUAUGAGGAGGAGGAAGGCUGUGCCGGGGGUAGUGAGGACGGCAACAUACGGACCAUUUCUGCUGCUGUUAGUGACGAGUCUGUGGCCGGGGACUCUGGUGUCUAUGAGGCGUACCCCAAAGGGUCAGCCUCACCUCCAGACACCCCACAGGUGCAAAUCAGACUGAGGUACAACAAGCAGGAAAGUCUUCUUAAUGUUGGUGUGGAGAGAGCGAGGAGCUUGUCGGUGCUAAACACAGAGGACGGCUGCAAAGUGUGCAUCAAGGUGCAGCUUUUCCCAGCCGGCACGGCGACCUUCACGUGUUGCACCCACCUGGACAGCAACACGGAGCGGCCCAUCUUUGGAGAGACAUUCUCUUUCCCUGUGGCGCCCCGCAAGCUGCCCUCCAAGACUUUGCAAGUGAACGUGUGGGCCGUCAGCGACACCAAUGAGACCUUUGACGAGGAGUGUGUGGGUUAUGCUCAAAUUAGCCUAGCAGACUUCGACAUGGAUGUGCAACAGACCCGCUGGUACAACAUCCUCCACUACGCCCUCCUGCGACCAGACCAGCUGAGCCGCGACGACCAAUCCUCAAAAUCCUCAACGCUGCGCUCGUCUGUCUCAACCUCCAACGUCAAGGAGGAGAGCAGCGACGAGUCCACUAUCAUCUCAUCUCAAACCUCCACCCUCACCCGGAAUCUCGGCCCAGAAGCGCUAAGACUCAACCUUCCUCUCACCACCGAGGACUUCGAGCACGUCAUUGACUCCGACGAUGAUGAGGAAGAGGAAGAGGAGGAAGAGGAGCUGGAGGAAGCAGGUCAAGAAGAGGUCAUGGAGGAAGCUCUAGAGAAUGCGGAGGACACUGCUGUUGAGGGAGACUCCACUGACCAGCUGGUAGAGAUGGCAGACAAGGAGACCAACACAGAGUGCAUGUUCAUGCCCCCCUCAGCCAGCCUGGCCGGGUCACGCAACUCCCUCGCACCACCGCGGGUCGAGGGCGCUGACCCCAGGCCAGGGAUCCCAGUAAUCAAAAGGUCACAAACCUUUACUCCUUCUGCUGCCGUUGGGAAGAGCAACUAUGUGUGUCGGCUGAACCGCAGCGACAGUGACAGCUGUGUUCCCAUGUACCGGCGGGCGCCCUUCCAACGAGGCACGGCGGAGCGGCGAUCACUCAGGUGGAAGGGUCGGCUAGGAGGCUCCCUCAGGCUCUCUUCAAGGUCACCUGGCUCAUCAGGAUUGAAAGGUGGCCGCACCUCCCUUGACCUUGAGCUAGACUUGGCAGCACAACAACGGAGGCUCCGGCAACUGCACGAAGAACUGGAGGGCUUGCGUAGCCUCAAGACCCAGCUGGAGGGAGUCAAGAACUCCCCUGACCCUCCCUCAUGGCUCAGUGACCAGACCACCAUGACCAGUGUCCUCACACAGGCCACCAAAGGAGGUGGUGUCAAGUCUCCUGAGGAUCGGAGGAUGGAGAAGAUGCUGAGGAAGACGUCUCGAGAGAUUCAUAAGCUGAGAAACUCCAAGACGCCUCGAGGUCAACCGGAUGUUGUCUCAUUCAAAGAGAAAAUGGCAUUCUUCCUCAAGUCAAGUCCAACAAUUCCUCCACUAAACGUGGACGUGGAUGGAGACGCAGCCACCCCGGAGCCCCUUGACCGCCUGCUCCACCAGCCCACCGCAACAACGGCGCUCUCCUGCACCCCAGUCACCUCCCAUACCAAGAAUCAAAUCCCAUCAUCAUGCAUAGCAAGGCUACAACAGCAGCACCAACAACAUCACCCAGGAUCUGAAAAAUCGGGUGAGCGGACACCCACUCACUGCCACCAAGCACCUUCUUCAAACCCAGCCACCACUUUACCUUCCUUACAAGGGUCCAUAAUCUCUGGGUCUUCAUCCACUGCCACCACCACUGCUUCAUCCACCCCAGGGGCUCCAGGGUCUGUCUUAGAGGAGUCCCAUUUAGCGUCAACGUUCACAGAAAUCUCCCCGUCCAACCCCGCCUUGUCCCCCUCACCAUCAAAUAUUCCUCCAUCACCCUCUGCCUCUUCACCAGCUGUGCCUGAUUCUGCCUCCUCCUUGGUGAGGCAGCUGGCAGCGAAGCAGUCAACCACUGGUGCCAUUCCUAAGGUCUUUCGUCCUGAUGUUCUCUUCAGCACAGAAGACCAAGGUGUGGAGGUCUGAUCUUCUCUUCUUCACUGAAUAGGGAAUCAUCCAAUGGCCUCAUAUAUUUAUAUUUUUGGGGGUUCAUGAGUCAUCUAUCCAGUGCUGCGUGGCUUACUUUUAUUUAUUACAGGAGACCCUGAGUCAAAGCUGUGACGGAAGGAAACUAGGGACUUUUAUGUAAAGUUUACUACGCUGUCGAAUCUCAUAAUGUAUUGCCUGACCAGUAGUAGACGUUACUCGUAUUUAGAUAGUUGUGCUUAAUUCAGGGUUUUCGUCUUUCUUACAAAGAGGCUUCCAUAUGCCGGUGAUGCUGGGUAGAUGGCUUGUGCCUCUCAUUCACUCAAUGCUAAGACUCCUUGACACACUCAGCAAUGAGAUUUUUGCAGUUUUAUUUUUUGACAGUGUAAUUUAUAGCCACAAAAGAUCAGUAUAUGGCAUUAAUUGCUCAUAAGGCAAAGAUAAUAUGUAUACUUAAGGUGUUUUACUGAAAAUAAUUUUAUUUUACUAAUGCAGCCCUUUUUUAUUGGAGUGGCAAUGGAGUGUCACUAAUGGCACCAAAGGGCUCAAGUUUUCAACAGUGCCUUCCACUAGCAGUACUUCCCUCUGGUCUUCCACUCCGGGAGGUUUUCUUGAUAAUUCUCACGUGAUCAUACUCAUAUCCAUUAUACAUACUUGCCACUCUAAAGUUGUGUUCCUCUGCUGAUAGUUUAUAUUUGAGAUGCUUGUGAGUACUUUUAGAAAUAUAAAAGUUUUAUGAUAUAUAUUAUAAAAAGAAUGUAACGUUUGGCUUUGCAGUCCUUACAAACUGUAAAUUUAUUCUAUUGACAGAGGGAAAGCCCCAAAGUGGCAACUAUUCAUACAGAGACUGUGCAGAAAUGUACUCCGGUGCAACAUUUCAAUAGUUCUUGGAAAUUUGUGUGCUAAUGAUGCGUGCCUGUGGUAAGGUGAUGAACCUCCUGUGCUGUCCUGUACCAAGGCUUACCUGAGUACCUGUAUUUCACCCAGCGCUUGGGGGGGCGGCCUCUUCCUCGGGUCACAAAUAACUACUUCACUUAAGCCAACACAGCGGAUCCUUUAUGAAUGCAUAGAGCAGCCGCCCUUCACAACAGACAGAGGCCGUCCUCCCAGGUUGCUUACUAUAUACUCUUCCUUUUUUUCUCUUUUUUUUUCCAAGAAACCUCGGGGUCCAAACCAGGUGUUGAAUCAAUCAUUAUUGUAUAGUCGGUAGCAGUAUUUCCCAGAAUUGUUGAAAUCAUGUUUUAUUGAUAUUCUACAAAGGUGCAGCAAAGCGUUGGUAGCUGUCUGUCUGUCCGUCUUGGUACUGAGCUGUUUGUUGGCAACUGUGAAAACCAGCAAUAUUAGUUGUGUUGGAAACUUGUCUUCUUCUGCUUCCCUGUGUAAACUUCUUGUGGUCAUAUUUUUGUAUGACUUUAACCAAAUUUAUUUUAUAUAUUUGUACAUUAAAUAGGGCCAGACUUAUGAAGAGUAUUUAUAUAUUAUCUAUAAUUUGUUUAUAUUAUUGUCAGCUAACAGAUUGAUACUAUUGCAUAAAUAAUAGACGUGUCUAUAAAUGACUACUAACUUGUUAUAUCUCAAACUUUCAUGCUGAUAAGUUAAACCAAAAAUGUAUGUAGAUAUGUAUAUACAAUCAUUCUGCUAUUUCCAUGUGCCUUUGGUAGGUACAAAUUUGUUAUUUAUGCUAACUAAAAGAUGCAACAAA